GUUCUUCCGGGGCACGUUGAGCUGUGCGGCAGCGGCACGCUGUUUUAGGAAUGGGGUGCUGUAAUGUGGACACCGAACCCUGGAACCGCCUGCAUAUCCCGCGCCCGGCCAUCCAGUGUCAGGUGACCGUGCCGCUGGGGGACGACACAGAAAAACACAUCAACAGUCUUACAGAGAGUUGCCAAGCAGCACACUCCUUAUUAAAGAGCAAAGGACUGAAUAUUGAAGCUGCUACUCUGGAUUCUGUAUUGUAUGUUUAUCAUCACCGGCUGAGCUGCCAUAAGCCAUAUCUCGCUUUAAAGCAGGUGCAGCAAUGUAUAAGGCGAAUAUGCGCUAUGGGCUUGGAAGCUUCCAUACAAGAGGUGUUGGACUUGUGUCCAAAGAAAACUGAGCUGCAAAUUGCAAGUGAAGUCCCUGUUCCUAGCCAGCCUAUAAUGGAACUAGCAUCUAUGAAGAUUUUGGGUGCUUGCAAACUACUACUGCGUCUCAUGGAUUGCUGCUGCAAGGCCUUCCACUUAUGUCUACAGCACUUGAACUUAGAAGAGUUUAUAGUUCUAAAUGUCGUACUGCUGGGAUUGCUGAGCCGCCUAUGGGUUAUGUACCGAGGAGUUGUGAAAAGACUUAUCUCCUUAUACAGUGCGCAAAUAUUGGUACAACUAGAGGUGUCAGCAUUUCAGAAAAUGCCUUACUUUAAGGACUUUGAGUUCCCUCUCAGGAUUGAAGAUUACCUUGGCCCUAUGUUCGGUGAUUUAGUUAAUAGAAAACUACCUAAAAUGUUCCCCAAAAAGAGCUCUGUACAAUUGCUGAAUACAAUAUUCAAAACUAACAAUGUGGCCACUCAAGAGUUACAAACGCCAAACAUUAGGGGGCCAAAAGAAUCAGGAAGAAGAGUUAUUGAUUUGGGCCAACGAGUUCACAGAUUAAACAGAGACAAGCUGGAUGACUUUGAUGUGAAAGCAUUACUUGCGUCAGAGGGUAACCAUUCCCAUCUCUUAAAUCCAAAAGCAACAAUUAGCAACCCUAAGAGAAAACAAACUCUGCUGUCUCCAAAUGAAAGGAAGUGCAUUAUGCAUCUGUUGCCCAAAAUUCAGAAAGCUUCAAGUUUCAGAUCUCUGUCGGAGCAGCUCCUUUAUGCAGUGAGAUGGUGCAGGAAAAGAAAGCUGAGAAGAGAAGCAAUGUUUUUCAAAUACAAAUACCUUCACAGCAACAGACUGCAGCAGGCUGAGACUCUGGGGUACAGUUUAAAGAAGAAGCUGAAAAGCUGGAAAAAAUCCAUGUGUCAUUGUCUGCGUGAGCGAACCCUGAAGGCAGAUCAUCUGAAGACCUAUUUGAGAAUACAAAGAUGUCACCAGUCCUGGAAGUGGAAGGUCACUUAUUCGAGAAAGCACAAACUUCACAAAUGUCACUUUGCUCAUUCUGAAUCUCAAGUUAAAAGGACAGAUUUAAAACGUUUGUGCUUAGAAUUGUUUUCUAGUGAUCAAGAGGUGUCACCAGUUGCCAAGGAUACUGCUUUAAGAUCUCCGACUUCUGAACCAUUUGUGUCCAGUGCUAGUAUAAAAAAGGCACAAAGAAAUCUUCCAGAGACAGAUGACAUAGACGACAUAUUCUCAUCAAUUGGAAUGUAGAAGCUUUUCAGUUCCCUGGAGAUUGUUGUAGAACCAAUAAAUGCAAUACAUUGUGUUAUA